AUGCCCGAACUCGACGAGAAAGCCCCACCCUCCCCGCGCUACAGCACCACCUCGCAACCCAACCGGGCCCCCUUCGACACCGUUUCUCCUGGCGUUGCGCGCAUCGAGGCAACCGCCGAGCACAUCACGCUUGCCAACCGCGUGUGGAUCUUCUUCGGCGUUCUGCUUAUCGCCUGGGCCUAUGGCUUGGAUAGCACGCUCAGGGUCGCGUAUCAGCCUAUUGCGGUCGAUGCGCUGAAUGCGCAUUCGUUGCUGGCUACGGUUACGGUGGUAAGGGCGGUUAUCGGCGCUGCUGCUCAGCCUACGGUGGCGAAGAUUGCGGAUGUGUUUGGAAGGAUUGAAGUGCUACUGGUCUCGGUUCUGCUCUACGUUCUCGGCACGGCUAUUGAAGCUUCCGCGAACUGUCCCGCUACGUUCGCAGUCGGCAGUCUCUUCUACCAGAUCGGCUACACGGCCACCAUACUAAUCGUGGAGGUUAUUGUCGCUGACACAACUUCCCUUCGCUCCCGCCUCUUUUUCUCCUACAUUCCAGCUGCACCAUUUGUUGUCAACACAUGGAUUGGUGGUGAAGUGCUUCCGAUUCUUAGAGCGGGUAAGUCAUGGCGUUACGGCUUCUGGGUCUGGUGUAUCGCCUAUCCCAUCUCCGCUCUCCCACUUCUGAGCUCCCUGUGGUGGGUCAACCGCAAGGCGAAGAGGGCUGGAACCCUUCAGCAUUACAAGACACCAGUUCAGGAGCACGGUGGCUGGAAGGUUGUCAAGGCACUGUUCUGGCAGCUCGACGUGAUCGGUAUCAUCCUUGCCAUCUGCGUCUUCGGCUUCAUACUCGUACCUCUCACCAUCAACGGGGGUCCCAACCCAACUUGGGACGAGGCAAAGUUCAUCGCGCCACUCGUCAUUGGAGUGCUGUGUAUCCCCGUCUGGAUACGGUGGGAGAGCAUUGCGCCACACCCUAUGGUCCCGUUCUAUCUGCUCAAGGACCGCGCCGUCUGGGGUGCGCUCGCUAUUGCGUUCUUCCUGAUGUUCGCCUGGGGCUGCCAGGGCGAGUUCCUGUUCUCCGUUCUUCGGGUGGCCUUCAACCAAAGCGAGAAGUCCGCGAAUCGCAUUGCUGCGCUGUACAGCUUCUGCUCCACCUUGACCGGCAUCGUCGUUGGCAUGGCAGUGUACCGUGUGCGACGCCUCAAGCCUUUCAUCCUGUUCGGUACCUGCCUCUUCUUGGUAGCAUUCGGCCUCAUGAUUUACUACCGCGGCGGCGUUGGCACCCACGGUGGCAUUGUUGGAGCGCAAAUCCUCCUUGGGAUUGCCGGUGGCUUCUUCCCCUAUGCUGCUCAAGCCAGCAUUCAGGCCGCUACUAGUCACGAGCACGUCGCCGUCGUCACUGGCCUGUAUUUGGCUACAUACAACGUCGGUACUGCGCUCGGAAACGCAGUCGCAGGCCUUACUAUGUCUCAGGUCCUAAACGAUGAGCUUAGGGCACGACUCAGUAAGGAAGCAGCCGACAAAUGGUACGCCAAACCACUCGAUCACUUGAAGAAUUUCCCGCCCGGCACGGCAGAACGCAACGCCGUUAUUGAAGCAUUCAAGGUCUUCCAGCGUGUGGUGUGCAUCAUCGGUGCCUCCGCCUGUCUUGGCCUGAUCGUCUUUGCUUUCUGCACCCGCAACCCCAGGCUUCCGGAUACGCAAUCUCUGCCUUACGACGAGCUUCCUCAGAACGAGCUUCAUACUUCCUCUUCAGGCGGCGUGACCAGCCCACCAACCUUCGUCUGUGUCUUACCCUGCCCCGCUGGCGUCUUCUGCAAAGCAAAAUGCAGCACCAUGUCCGCCGCCAACUCCGCAUCAUCAUCCGCAUCCACCGCCUUCAGUGACUCUUCCAGCCACUCAGGCGCCUUCUUCGCAAAAAACGUCUUAAUCGUCUGA